GCGGUAUAAAAAGCUCCCGCGCCAACAGGCAGCCACACAUACUCCAAGUCGUCGGUACCAGCGGGUUUUUGAGCCGAGUUUUCAGUUUCAGUUUUUUCAAGUGCGGUUCCGUCUCACGGCCCCUUAAAAGUUAUAACAAUUAAUAGCAACAACAAGCUAUAACGCACACAAAUCGCUCGCAAAAUGAAGAAGUUUCUCGUCGUGUUUGUAGCAUUAUUCGGAGCCGCUGUGGCCCAAAGUAGCUUUAAAUGCCCUGAUGAUUUCGGAUUCUAUCCACAUGAUACAUCCUGUGACAAAUAUUGGAAGUGCGACAAUGGCGUCUCUGAGCUGAAGACCUGUGGUAAUGGUCUGGCCUUCGAUGCCACAGACACCAAAUACCUCACCGAGAACUGCGACUAUCUGCACAAUGUUGACUGCGGUGAUCGCACAGAGUUGGAGCCCCCAAUCACCACUCCCCACUGCGCCCGCCUUUACGGCAUCUUCCCCGAUGAGAACAAGUGCGACGUGUUCUGGAACUGUUGGAACGGCGAGCCCUCCAGGUACCAGUGCUCUCCCGGAUUGGCCUACGAUCGCGAUGCCCGCGUCUGCAUGUGGGCCGAUCAGGUUCCAGAGUGCAAGAACGAAGAGGUUGCCAACGGAUUCUCCUGCCCUGCCGCCGGUGAGCUGGCCAACGCUGGCUCUUUCUCGCGUCACGCCCACCCCGAAGACUGCCGCAAGUACUACAUCUGCCUGGAGGGCGUGGCCCGCGAGUACGGCUGCCCCAUCGGCACAGUUUUCAAGAUUGGUGACAGCGAUGGCACUGGAAACUGCGAGGAUCCCGAGGAUGUUCCCGGAUGCGAGGAUUACUAUGGCGAUGUAGACCUGAAGGCUUUGAAAAAAUUGGGCUAUUAAAAAUACAUAUACAAACACACACAACAAACACACCCACGUACACAGGAAACACACUGAAAUACAAAAUUUAAGUCAUGGCAGUUUGAGGGCCGAAAGUCAAUGCAGGAUGGCAAGAGGCGAGGUGGCCAAGGAGCCAAAGGAUGGAGAAGAAUCAGAAGGAAACCACAAUAACAGUGGGCUUAAAAUGCUUGCCACACACGGAGACACACACUCACACAAACACAGACACCAAGCAUAAAGUAUAGAGUAUGCACACGAAAUACAUAAGAAUCGUACAGUUGACUUUAAAGACUGAGCACAGAAUAACCCCCCCAAUAACAACCCGAUGGAAAAUAGUCGAAAGUGGAUCGCAACCUCUUUAAGCGAAAUCGCCGGGCCGUGAAGUCAAUUACGAUUGUCCUGGAUCGAAGUUAUGGAAUGUACCAGUUGGCUUUAUGCCUCACCGAGUUUCUAAGAAACCUUUGACGAGGCGGUGGCGAAUUUCGCGGAAUUCUAUGGUUACCACAGUGGCCACAAAAGUCAAAUUUAACUUAUUUAACGAAAUACUCAAGAAACCGCAUCCGCAAAGCAUAAGCAUAUCUCAAUUACUCCCUCUUUUCUCCCAAAAAACUUCAAUGUAUAUACAGUUUAAGUUUUAAGUUAACAACUAUGUAAAGGCGAAAUAAAUUAAAUGUUUUUGCGAAUAAAA